CGCCCAAAGAAGAAGACAGGGUUGAGGUUGAAGUAGGAGGGCUUGGGCUUCGGAUGGUAUCCAGGACAGAGGUAGGCUCAGUGAGAAGAAGAAAAAAAAAACCCUCCAAAACGACGUCGUUUUGGAGGCCGACAGGGACGCGCCGCAGGAAAGGGCGACGGAGGAUCCGGAUUCCUAAUGCGUGCGGGAGCAAAUCAGCAGAUAGAUACGACCGAAAGAGAAAGACGAGGGAGAGGGGCGAAUGGAGGAGGCAGUUGUGAAGGUGAACAUAAAGUUCGGCGGAGGAUCCAUACCUGUGUCCCUCUCUCUUGAUUCCAGCGUCAGAGACCUCAAAUCUAUACUCCAACCCCUCACCAAUGUCCUCCCUCGCGGUCAGAAGCUCAUCUUCAAAGGGAAAGUUCUGCUGGAUGAACUCACUUUGAGGUCGUCCCAGGUCACCGAUGGGGCUAAGAUCAUGCUCAUGGCUUCCCAAGGUUUACACCAAGGGGAUGGUCCCAUUAGGAAGGAAGCACCGGCUUCAUCGAAUUUGAGGCGGAUGGCCGAUGCAAAUCGAGGCAAGGAGGGGAAAAGGGAUGAUGUUGCUGCUGUUGAAAAGAGCCAGUUUGAGCGUUGGAAAGCUACUGGGGUUAUAGCAUUGUCUGAAUGCAACUUGAGGGCUAUACCUGAUGAAGUAUGGACUUGUGGACCUUCUGCGAGGGUACUUGAUCUCAGCCACAACUCUAUAAAAGACAUGCCAGCUGCAAUUGGCAGUUUGCGUGCUUUGCAGAAGCUGCUCCUGAAUGCAAAUGAACUAUUGGUCGAAUCCAUUAGCUGGGAAGGAGUAACAUCUCUAAAGUCUCUGACUGUUUUGUCACUAAACCAAAACCAUUUAACAGCUUUGCCUUCUGCCAUGGGUGCUUUGACUUGUCUGAGGCAACUUCAUAUUGCGAACAACAAGCUGACAUGUCUCCCGACUGAAAUAGGAUGCCUGACUCAACUUGAAGUUUUGAUAGCAAACAAUAAUAGGAUAUCCACUGUCCCAACUUGUAUAGGAGAAUGUACUUCUCUUGCUGAGGUAGACCUUUCAUCAAAUCUCUUGGCGGACUUGCCAGAGACAUUUGGCAAUCUACAAAAUUUGAAGGCUUUGUAUCUAAGUAACAAUGGACUCGAAUCCCUCCCAUCAACCCUGUUCAAAAUGUGCAUCCAGCUCUCAACACUGGAUCUCCAUGGCACACAAAUAACAAUGGAUGUUCUCCGCCAGUUUGAAGGAUGGGAAGAUUUUGAUGAGCGGCGCCACUUAAAACAUCAGAAGCAACUGGAUUUCAGAGUUGGGGGAGGAUCUACCAAGUUCGAUGAGGGUGCUGAUAAAAGUUUUUGACAGUUCGGUGCUUAAAAAAGCUGAUGAUAGAGAGCUGUUUUAUCUGUGCAAAUUAGCUGUGAAAGAAAAAUUGAUCCGCAUUGAUUUGAUGAAGCAAGAAAUUUGCCUUUGGACAUUACCUAGCAUUGUCCAAUGUUAUUCAUUUUUGUGGAGUGGAUUACAGAAUUGUUCUCUCUAUUGCUUUACGGGGAAUUUUCACUAUAUUACUGGCAAAUAAUGAAUGGUAAACAAUUACAGAUUUGUCAUACAUUUGUGAGGUAGAGCAUGUGGUAUGAAAGUUCGACUUGUUGAGAAUUUGUA